AUGCCAGCUCUAUCUCCUACAAUGACCGAAGGCAAUAUCGCAAAGUGGGCAGUCAAGGAGGGGGAUACGUUCUCCGCUGGUGACAUCCUGCUGGAAAUUGAGACGGACAAGGCAUCCAUGGACGUAGAGGCUCAAGACGAUGGGAUAAUGGCAAAGAUUUUGCAAGGGGACGGAACGAAAGGAAUCAAAGUAGGCGCUCGAAUUGGUGUUCUCGCAGAACCAGACGACGACCUCAGCACUCUUGAAAUACCCGCCGAAGACAGUACAAACUCAUCUCCUCCAAAAGAAGAAUCCAAAUCCGCACCCUCAGAGACCAAAUCCGAAGCUUCUCCUCCGAAAGCAUCAAGUCCAGAGAGUUCGUCCUCUUCUACCCCAGCAAAGAAGUCCUCCGGCCCAGCGAAGAAGCAGACCUACCCACUUCUCCCCUCGGUCGAGCACCUCAUUCACGAGCACAACAUUGACCCCUCCAAAAUCGACGAGAUGACCCCAUCAGGACCCAACAAUCGCCUGCUGAAGGGUGACGUUCUUGCCUACCUGGGCACAGUGUCGUCUUCCUACCCUGCCGAGCUAUCUAGCAAGAUCUCCAAAUUGAGCCACCUCGACCUGAGCAACAUCAAGCUUGCAGCACCUGCUCCUAAGCCAACAGCAGAGAAGGCCGCAGCGUCUGCACCAACCCUCGAACCAGUUAAAGAUCUAGAAGUUGCUGUACCGAUUUCGAUGAAGGCAGUGUUGGAGGUACAGAAGCGAAUCCAGAGCACUCUCGGCGUGUUCAUGCCACUUUCAACCUUCAUCGCACGCGCCACAGAAGUCGCGAAUGACGAUCUCCCACGCUCAAAUUCCUACAAGCCAACCGCAGAUGACCUCUUCAACUCCGUUCUCGGUCUUGAUAAAGUCGCUACUGCAUCAGGUGUUCGGGGUUCCUUCCUCCCUCAAAUUACUGCUCUACCAUCAGCUGCUCCUUGGACGACAUUUGCAAAGACUCCGGCAAAGAAGAGCGACAUCAUUGAUAUCUUGUCCGGGAACAGGGGGGCUGCUCCGAAAAGAUUGACUGGGAAGCCUUUGCCAGGGUUAUCAAACACAGUUAAUGUAUUCAGUUUGACUGUUCCUAAAGGAGAGGAGAAGAGGGCACAAAUUUUCCUGGAUAGAGUGAAGACUGUUCUGGAAGCUGAGCCAGGGAGAUUGGUGCUGUGA